AGGAGAAGAAGAAGAGAGAACAGUAAGUGUUAAAAUAGAGUGUCUGCUCGAAACAAGACAAAAAAGGACAACCGGCACAUGAUGGCUGUGAUCAACUUUUAUUAAGCAAUCCCAUUUCCAUUAGAUUCACAAAUUUAUGCACUCCAAACAGUACCUCCCCACCAAACAGAGCAAGAUAUCAUUUCCUUUGAAGAAAGAGAUCUCUGUUAGAGACAGAGAUAGAGAGAGAAAAGAGAUCUGUAAGGCAAGUGUUUGUUUCCUUCCUUCUCAGACAGGUGUUCGACAUAGCUCUCCUUUUGGAUCUCAGUGUGGCAUUUGUGCAAACAAGUUGAAAGUUCAAUGCGUGUUUAAGUUUAUUAGACAGCGUUUUAGUGCUUGUUUUGGGCAAUUAUGGCUGGAGAAUUUGAAGAACCCUAUAGCAUUAGCUUUCAGACAGAUUCUUUGCACUCGGGUUCAAUAUCAUUUGGAAGAUUUGAAAGAGAAGACUUGUGUUGGGAAAGGAGGUCCUCUUUCUCUCACAAUAGAUACCUUGAAGAGGUUGAGAAAUACUCGAAACCAGGCUCAGUUAUUGAGAAGAAAGCUUAUUUUGAAGCCCAUUUCAAGAAAAAGGGUAUGCAGCUACCAGCUUCUUUUGGGGGCCAAAAUGGGAUUGAAUACCAUGGUGAAAAUGCCGUCUUCGAGAAUGUGGGCCACAAAGAAGAUGAUAAUGCAAAUGGAAGUAGCAAUUAUACUCAAUCUGAGGAGGGUGCAGUUGACGAUGUAGAAUAUGCAGAUUUUUAUGAUGGAUAUGCAAGAAGUCAAUCUGAUCAUGCAAAUGAUGGCAGCCAAUAUGCUCACUUUGAUAACAGCCCUGAAGGUUCACAGUAUUGUGGAGAAUAUGAGUUGAUGGAAGGUGAAAGAGAAGAUCCUGAAAUUCAGAUGGAAGCUUCUUCGGCCAAUGCUAAUGUUUCUGUAGAAGGUGUUUUUGAAGACAUUAAACCUCAAGAAACACAACAAACUGAAACUGGAUCUGCCAAUAAUGAUAGACAGGAAACAGGAAUAAAAGCGAACCUUAAUGACAAUGCUGCGAAUGCGGACAGCUCAUCUACGCUUUUUGACCAAUCUCCAAAAGGUGGAACACUUUGGAGUGAUAAAACUACUGCAGUACAUGAGCAAAAUCCUUCUACAAAGUUGGGACCUUCAAUGGAAAGUAAACGUAGUGAGCUCAGAUUGAAAUCCCAGUCUAAGAACAGUGAAGUCCAGAAAAGCGACCAUAAUGAUGCAUUAAAAACAACCGUAAAGAAGCUAAAUAGGAGGGAAAGAGAGAGUCCACAAAGAAGGAAAUCAGAAAACCAUUCACCACAAGCCGUCAUUCCAACCAGACGUUCGCUUCUCAAAAGUCCGAAAGGAGAGGAUUUUGAAGCUCGUAAAUCAAGAUCAAACCUUGCAAAUAAAAGGGACAAAGAUCCGAAGAUAAAGGGAGUAGUUGAAGCUGAAACUUCUGGAUCAAAGAAAGUUGAACCUAGAGCACAUCAGAGUGCUAACAGACUUAAGCAGACAAUCACCUCAGCUACGCCGGAAACAAGGACAAGUACUGUAGCUUUCAAUUUCAAAAGUAGUGAACGAGCAGAAAGGAGGAAAGAGUUCUAUAUGAAGUUAGAAGAAAAAAUGCAUGCUAAGGAGACUGCGUUGAACCAGAUUCAAGCAAAAACACAAGAAAAGACUGAGGCUGAGAUUAAACAAUUCCGGAAAAGCCUUAAUUUCAAAGCAACACCUAUGCCUUCUUUCUAUCAUGCUGCUGCAUCACCAGGUUCAAAUGGAAACAAGUUUCUCUGUUUGUCUCAGGCCACAUCAUCUAAAACCAAAACAGGUAAAAUACAACAGUCGUCAACAAGUCCAGGAGCUGCUACGAGAUCUCAAUUGCUUUCCAAGUCGGGAAAUAACCAUGCUGUCUCUGCUGUUGAACAUGUAAAAAGGAGCAAUCUGCCCGAGUCCUUGGGGUCAACUGAUUGCCAUGCAAUAGCACCUUCUGGCGCUGGUGAAAAAGAAACUUUAGCAACAAACAACAGCAGCCACCCAGAUGCUGCAAUGAAAAAUGGUUGCACUGGCAAAGAGUCAGAAAAAUUGAAGAAUACCAAUAUGCAAAGACAUAAAGUGUCAGAGAAUGGUAAAGUAUCAAAAGACCAGAGGGUUGAGGGCAAGAAAAAAAUGGGAAACCGAAGAAAUAGCAGUGAAAUGGUGAGGAAAAGCAUCAAGGGUGUUGAAAUUGGCAGCAAUUCUGGAAUGGGUCGUGUAGCUGUUGGUGUAGCCUCCUGAACUGGGCUAUGUUCUCCAUUGCCUGGAAGAUGCCAUCUCAGUUGCCUGUGAUGAUAUGUUUUGCAUGCUCGCUGCCAUGUGAAUACAAGUGCAAAGAGAAUGGUGGUGGGUUCAGGCAACGUCCUACAUGUCGUGUUAGCAGGACAACGUCUCCAUGCAUUACAGUGGCCUGUUUGGAGAUAGCAUUUCCUUUAUGUCAUUGCUCAACAUACGUGCAGCAGAUACUGUACCAUGUAGCUGGAAUAGGUAAUAAUAAUGGUGGCUUGAUCACAGCGAUUGCUUGAAUUUUCAGGUUCUCUUAGGAAGACGUAAACGCAAACAGCAACUGGAGUUAUAAGUCUGGUGAAGUAUUUCUUUAUUUGAUAAUAAAGUGUUUUGUGCGUUGUAGUAUGUAUGAUAUCAGUGUAGACAAGACUGCAAAAAUUUUUAAUGUAAAAGGUCAUAUAGUUAAUUUAA